AUGUUGCAGAAAGUCAUGGAAAGUUGCUGUGUGCAGCCCAGAGAUAUCGCCAUAACCGAGAAUGGCAGCACCAGUAGCAGCAGCAGCACCAACAACAGCAGCAAUAAGAUCAUGGGGACGGUUGUGUUGAUGAAGAAGAACUUGCUUGACUUGCAUGACGUCAAGGCUUCGUUCCUCGAUCGAAUUCACGAGCUUCUCGGCAAAGGAGUCUCCAUCCACCUCAUUAGCUCUGUUCAUCCAGACCCAGAGAAUGGAUGGAGGGGCAGGAUUGGGAAAGCAGCCUUCUUGGAGAAAUGGUUUCAAAAGAUGACACCUUUAACAGCUACAGAGACUAGUUUUUCCAUUACCUUCGAUUGGGAUCACUCCGCCAUGGGCGUCCCUGGAGCUUUCAUCAUCAGAAACCAUCACCACAGUCAAUUCUACCUCAAGACCUUAACUUUGGACGAUGUCCCCGGCCAUGGCCGCGUCGAUUUCAUCUGCAAUUCGUGGGUCUACCCUGCUCACAGAUACAAAUACGACCGCAUUUUCUUCUCAAACAAGACAUACCUACCAUGUCAAACGCCAGAGCCAUUGCGUCAAUACAGACAACAAGAACUUGUCAACCUGCGAGGAAAUGGGAAAGGAGAGCUGAAAGAAUGGGAUAGAGUUUAUGACUAUGCUUACUACAAUGAUUUGGGUAGUCCAGAUAAAGGUGACGCCUAUGCACGCCCUGUUCUUGGUGGAUCCAUGGAGUAUCCUUAUCCUAGAAGAGGGAGAACAGGCCGAAAACCCACCAAAAAAGAUCCAAAGUCAGAGAGCAGAUUGCCACUUCUAAGCCUGGACAUCUACGUACCAAGGGAUGAACGGUUUGGACACGUGAAGUUCUCAGAUUUCUUAGCAUAUGCUCUGAAAUCUAUUGCUCAAGUACUUCUCCCGGAGAUUUCGUCUUUGUUCGAUAAGACGAUCAACGAGUUCGACUCUUUUGAGGAUGUAUUUGACCUCUACGAUGGAGGCAUCAAAUUGCCAGGCAAGGCCACGGUAAGCAAAGUAAGAAAUCGCGUACCAUGGGAAUUGCUGAAGGAACUUGUUCGCAAUGAUGGUGAGAGGUUUCUCAAGUUCCCCAUACCUGAGGUAAUCAAAGAGGACAAGUCUGCAUGGAGGACUGAUGAAGAGUUUGCUCGAGAGAUGCUAGCUGGAGUCAACCCGGUUAUCAUCAGCCGCCUGCGAGAGUUCCCACCAGCCAGCCAGCUAGACCCUAAAAAAUAUGGAAACCAGCAUAGCACAAUUAAAAAGGAAGACAUCGAAAUCAACAUGAAUGGAUUCACCGUUGACCAAGCAAUGGAAAGCAACAGGCUGUUCAUACUGGACCAUCACGAUGCACUGAUGGUAUACCUGAGGAAGAUAAACUCAACCAACACAAAGAUGUACGCCACAAGAACGAUUCUGUUCCUUCAAGACGACGGAACCUUGAAGCCAUUAGCAAUCGAACUAAGUCUCCUACAUCCGCAGGGCGACAAUCGUGGUGCCGUCAGUAGAGUAUUCACUCCAGCAGAAGAUGGAACAGUUGAAGGCUCAAUUUGGCAGCUAGCCAAAGCUUAUGUGGCAGUCAAUGACUCUGGCUACCAUCAGCUCAUCAGUCACUGGUUGAACACUCAUGCUGUGAUAGAGCCAUUCAUCAUCGCGACAAACAGGCAGCUGAGCGUUCUUCAUCCGAUACACAAGCUUCUGCAGCCACACUUCCGCGACACGAUGAACAUCAAUGCAUUGGCCAGGCAGAUCCUGAUCAAUGCUGGUGGAAUGCUGGAGAUCACUGUGUUCCCAGCCAGAUACUCCAUGGAAAUGUCUGCUGUUCUGUACAAGAAUUGGGUCUUCACUGAACAGUCCCUCCCUGCCGAUCUAAUAAAGAGAGGAAUAGCAGUUCCAGACGAAACCAAGCCACACGGCCUCAAGCUUCUCAUAGAGGACUACCCAUACGCUGUAGAUGGGCUGGAGAUAUGGUCAGCAAUCGAAACAUGGGUACAGGAGUACUGUGAAUUCUACUACCCAACAGACGAAUUAAUCCAAAAAGACGAGGAGCUCCAAUCUUGGUGGUUAGAGCUGCGCAACGAAGGCCACGGAGACAAGAGAGACGAGCCAUGGUGGCCCGAGAUGCAGACAAGAGACGACCUCAAACAAACCUGCACAAUCAUCAUUUGGGUAGCUUCAGCGCUCCACGCAGCGGUGAAUUUCGGGCAGUACCCAUAUGCAGGGUUUCUACCGAACCGCCCCACAAUCAGCCGCCGAUUCAUGCCUGAACCAGGGACGCCGGAGUACAGUGAGCUCGAGCAAGACCCGGAGUUGGGUUAUUUGAAGACGAUUACGGCACAGUUACAGACAUUGCUAGGGGUAUCACUGAUAGAGAUUCUAUCGAGGCAUUCGACGGACGAGAUUUACCUGGGGCAGAGGGAGAGUGACGAGUGGACUAGUGAUGACGAACCGCUGGCGGCGUUCAAGAGAUUUGGGGAGAGGUUGAAAGGGAUUGAGAAGCGGAUUACGGAGAUGAAUGAGAAUCCGAAAUUGAAGAACAGGGUUGGGCCGGUGAAGGUUCCUUAUACGCUGUUGUACCCCAAUACAUCGGAUUACUCGAGGGAAGGUGGGCUUACUGGGAAAGGAGUUCCAAAUAGUAUCUCGAUCUGA